GCUGCGCUGGAGUAGGGCCGGCCUCCGGCUGGGCUCCGGCUGGGCUUGGGGUUGGGGCCAGGGCCAGGGCCAGGGAUGCUGCAGCUGGGCCGACCUGCCGGGCUUGGGCUGUGGCCGAAGGAUGGCGAACGUGCGGGUGGCCGUGAGGGUUCGGCCCCUCAGCAAGAGGGAGACCAAAGAAGGGGGAAGAAUUAUUGUGGAAGUUGAUGGCAAAGUGGCAAAAAUCAGGAAUUUAAAGGUGGACGGUCGACUCGAUGGCUUUGGCGACUCCCGGGAGAAGGUUGUGGCAUUUGGCUUUGAUUACUGCUACUGGUCAGUCAACCCGGAGGACCCCCAGUAUGCAUCUCAGGAUGUGGUGUUCCAGGAUCUGGGGACUGAAGUACUGUCUGGAGCUGCCAAAGGCUACAACAUAUGCCUUUUUGCCUAUGGGCAGACAGGCUCUGGGAAGACAUAUACCAUGCUGGGCACCCCAGCCUCUGUUGGGCUGACACCACGGAUAUGUGAGGGUCUCUUCGUCCGGCAGGAAGACUGUGCCCCGCUGCCUUCCUCCUGCAGGAUUAAAGUAAGCUUCCUGGAAAUCUAUAACGAACGAGUGAGGGAUCUGCUGAAGCAGUCUGACCACAAGAAGUCCUAUACCCUUCGGGUCAGGGAGCACCCAGAGAUGGGGCCCUACGUACAAGGUUUAUCUCAACACGUAGUUACCAACUAUAAGCAAGUAAUUCAACUCUUGGAGGAGGGAAUAGCAAACAGAAUCACAGCGGCAACCCAUGUUCAUGAGGCCAGCAGCAGAUCCCAUGCCAUCUUCACUAUCUAUUAUACGCAGGCAAUCCUGGAGAACAACCUCCCCUCUGAAAUUGCUAGCAAGAUCAACCUUGUGGACCUAGCAGGCAGUGAAAGAGCAGAUCCCAGUUACUGUAAGGACCGGAUUACGGAAGGAGCCAAUAUCAACAAAUCUCUUGUGACUCUGGGAAUUGUCAUCUCCACCUUAGCCCAGAAUUCUCAGGUAUUCAGCUGCCAGAGCUUCAACAGCACAGCCAGCGAUGGUGGUGACAGUGGGGUCCCUAGCUCCCCUUCUGGGACCAGCAGUGGAGGGGGACCCUCCCGGAGGCAGUCGUACAUCCCGUACCGGGACUCGGUUUUGACCUGGCUGCUGAAGGACAGCCUUGGAGGCAACUCCAGAACCAUCAUGGUUGCCACCGUGUCUCCUGCACACACUAGCUACAGUGAGACCAUGAGCACGUUGAGAUAUGCAUCCAAUGCCAAAAACAUCAUCAACAAGCCACGAGUAAAUGAGGAUGCGAACGUAAAGUUGAUCAGAGAGCUCAGGGAGGAGAUAGGAAGACUGAAAGCCGUGCUGCGGAGCUUCGAGUUGAGAAACUUCCGUUCAUUGAAUGAGGGAAAGGAUGAAAACCUGAAGGAGUUGGUUCUCCAAAAUGAAUUGAAGAUUGACCAGCUGACCAAAGACUGGACCCGGAAGUGGAACGAGUGGAAGGCCCUGGUGGAGCAUUACAGAGUGGACAUCAACAGGAGGAGGGCCGGGCUGGUCAUCGACUCCAGCCUGCCGCACCUCAUGGCCUUGGAAGACGACGUGCUCAGCACGGGUGUCGUGCUCUAUCACCUCAAGGAAGGGACGACAAAAAUAGGAAGGAUUGACUCAGAUCAGGAACAGGACAUUGUCCUGCAGGGUCAGUGGAUCGAGAGAGACCACUGCACCAUUACCAGCGCCUGUGGGGUUGUUGUCCUGCGGCCUGCCCGCGGGGCCCGCUGCACCGUCAAUGGCCGGGAGGUCACCGCCUCCUGCCGUCUGACCCAAGGAGCAGUCAUAACCCUGGGGAAAGCGCAGAAGUUCCGAUUCAACCACCCAGCAGAGGCUGCCGUCCUUCGGCAGAGGAGGCAGGUUGGAGAGGCUGUUGGUGGCAGUGGCUCUUUGGAGUGGCUAGACUUGGAUGGAGAUGUCACUGCCUCCCGGUUGGGUCUCUCCCCUUUGCUUUGGAAGGAAAGGAGGGUGCUGGGAGAGCAGAGUGACGGGGCCCGUCAGCCCCCGAGUGCUGGAGAGACACCCCCCGGGACCCAGGUUCAGCAGCAGCAGUGCUACUUGGGGGAUCUGAGGCAGCGAAUCAUAGCGGCACAGAUUCGAGCCAGACAGACACCAGAACUGGACCGGACGAGCAUCAGCCGGCGGAUUAAAGACAGGUUCUUUUGGUUCCCAGAUAAGCAGCGGCUGCUUGGAGAAGAGACCCGGCCGUCUGGCUUGCAGCAGCAGCCACAGCAGGACCGCGGAGCAGAGAGAGAAGUUGAGGCUGCCGUGCCAUCUGAUUCACGGUGUCGGACAGACCCUGAGACCCAACCGUCCUCCCUGGUCCAAAGCCAGAAGAGGACAGUGCAGCCACAGCUCCUGCGGAGACACACACUUAGGGUGGCAGAGCGCAGCUUCCGGCGAAGAAGGGUCUCGUUCCAGCUGGAGAGGAUUGUCAAGAAGCAGAGGCUGCUGGAGGCCCACAGGAGACCGGAGCUGCUCAAGGCGCUGUGCCUGCUUCAGGAUGGCCAUCCCCGGAGGUGCCCCGGCCCUGGCACCCUGGUCCCAGGGCCUCAAUGUAGGAGCAGAUUGAGAAGUUACAGUUCUUUGAGCCUCCAAAGGCCCUGCAGCUGGCACUCACCCCAGCUACGCAGCGUUUCCCUGAGUCUGGAUACCUUCACCACGUCACCGCCUAUGCCUGACCCCACUGACCAGUUAUCAGAGAAAAUCUCAUCAGAAGAGUAUUUGCCCCAAGCUACUUCUUACUGUCCAAGGACAGGGCAUUGCAGCAAACAUGCCCUCCGCUCCUCAGGCAAGGGGCAGCUCUGCACAGCCAGGAAGGCCCUGGCCGGGACGGGAGCCUCAGCCCCAGGCAUCUGCUUCAGCGUAGGUUCCGAGUCUGCCAGCGUCCAGGAGAUGGAGAGAGUGGCCUUCCCGGAGCUGCUGAUGCCAGAGGGGCCCCAGGGGAAGGAGCGGGAUCUCCCAGAGCCAGAGAACUCUGAAAGUGACGACAGCCAAAUAUCUGAGGACUCCCUGGCCGAGAAGGGGUGCCGAAGCCUGCGGGACAGCCCAGGGGACAGUUACCUCACCAGUGGCCAUGGCCACCCAAGGGCCAGAGCUGGAGCCUCUGUGAGGGUCUUCACCACAUCCUCAGACAGUGGACUGUUCACCCAGACUCAGAAAAGCUUUUCCCUUGACAGCCUGAUUGACACUGAGGAAGAACUCGGGGACCAUCGACAAGAAGAGCCUUUCUUCAUUUCGGCUGACGAGAUGCCCACAGAGACUUUCUGGCACUUGCAGCCCUCCAGUCUGCCCGGUGGGGACCAGGAGGCAGCAUGCAGGCUUGGUGCCAUCAAGCACAGGACAGGAGCCAGGCUGGAUGCCAUCCUGCCAGUGAGCAGUUCAUUUUACCUGGAUCCACAGCCCCCCUGUGAGCAGCCUGAGUUGGCGGUGGAGGCAAACUCCUCUGAACGAGCGCACGCUGUCCAAGAUGUGCAGCUUUCAAGAGGGAGCCCUCUGGUGUCUGUGGAUUCCUGGUUUUCCUGUGACUCCAAGAUCAAUCCCAGCAGCCCCUCAGAUUCUUUAUGUCCGAGUCCUAAUGUCCAGGAUUUUCAGCCUUGUGGUUGGAAGAGGCCUGGAUACUGGCUAAACACGGGAGAACUAAAGUCAUCAGGUACAGAAACAGCUCUGCCGUAUAGCUCCGAACUGCCUCAGGGCGGUGCUGAGCUGCCCUGCAGUGUCAGAGGUGUGCACGCAAUCCCUGCUUCUGAUAUGACCAGGCUGUCACUCUGGGGCCCUUACAGGCUUCUCCAGUCAGGAGCUGAUGGCACCUUUCAGGCCAGAGGUGUCCCUGACGCGGCCCAGCAGGGCAUCUCUGAAGCUUCCGACUCUAGCGUGUCGAGCUUGUUGGCUGCCUCUGCCACCUCAUUCACUUACAUGGGCAGCGCUGGUGAGAGAGAGUGGGCCGCCCUUCAGCAAAAGUACCUCCUUGAACUGUCUCAUCCUGCUUUGGAGGCCACAGAAGAGCCCAGGUCAGCUUUUGCCUCCCUCGAAGGAGACUCUGGUUCCCUGACCCAGGCUUCUGACAAGGGAGGAGAUGCUCUAUUGCCAGUUGGUUCUGGGGUACCUAGGAGUCUGGACUUCAGCAGCUUUCCUAUUCAUCUAUCCAAAAUUAAGCGUUUGAGAGCAGAGAAAGAACAGGACAGUUUGAGUGUCGAGAUAGAAGGCACUUCAGAUUUUUUUACAGCUAGUGAGAAGGUGAGUUGUAGUGGAACUUACUCGGCAGAUGUAGAAUCCUCAGCUUCUGGAAUGACACACGCGCAGGCCUCCGCAGCAGAGAACAAGACAGUGCAUCCCGUGAGGGAAGCACACGAAGUCAAAGAGAACAGCUUGGAAGAGUCCUCUCAAAGUAGCCAGAAACCUGAACUGAUGACAUCCUCUGAUGAAUGUUUCUUUCUGAAGAGCCCUUGUCACAGUGUUGUCACCAUAGCCACCAAAGACCAUCAUCGUCCCCGAGGCAGGGCUCCCUUCGGGAGGAGCAGUGCAGACCAGGCGGGGCAAUCAGGUCAGAGCGGCCAGUGCCCCCCACAGGAAGAGAACACAGACUCCCAGGAGAGCUCCCAGGAAGCGGUGGGAAGGCACAGCAGUCUUCCCUUUGCCUUGCUGUCGGGUCCAGAGCUGUACCUCCACUCUGCUCCCUGGAACCCACUCCCGUCUUCCCUGCAGCCACCUCCCUUGGAAACAUUCUAUGUGACCAAGAGCCGGGAUGCCCUGACGGAAACCGCCUUGGAGAUCCCGGCUUGCAGAGAAGCGAGAAUGCCUUCCCCGCCCCCCAGAGAAGCCUGGGGCUUUGGGCCCAACCACCGAGUCAUCCAGAAUGUCUCUGUGAAGAAUAAACUGCCAGUGCCAUCACACAACCAGAAUUCCAAGAUGGUCCCAUCUCAGCAGGGCACAGCAGAGAGGCCAGUUGUUCAGAACACCGAGGAAGUUAAUGAAGAAAAGUGGAAACGCCCUGGAAAUGUUAAAGAAGAAAACCAUAAUUCAGUUUAUUUUUUUGUCUCUCAGAACAGACAUUUUCUUCCCUCUACCAGCGUAAAAGUAUGUGAAUUUGAAAAUCAAGUUGGAAUUUUAAAUAAACACAGUCUUCCAACACUCAGGCAGGGAGAAAAGGCCUCUGUACAGUCCUCCUGCAGGGUCUCCUCAGACAGUGCUGGGUCUGGGGAGCCUCUCUUUGUGUGUGAACCUGAGACAGGUGGGGAAGAAGAGCAGGGGCAGAGUGCAGCCCUCAGACAGACCCAGGCCUUUGACACGAAGAGACAGUUUCAUUCUGGGAUCAGGUCUGAGUUAAUCUAUAAAACCAUCAGUUUAGGCCUUGACAAGGACGUGCUAGGGGAGGCUGCUCUUUCUUUGAAGCCCAGACCAGUACAUCAUAGAGUAAGCAGCCCAGAGACAGCAGCCCAGGAGGAGAGUCCGACCCAUGAGGGAGAAGGGAGGAAUGAAACUGGGCUUCUUGGAAAAGCUCUCCAUCCCAAAGAUGGCUCAGAAGAGUUUAAGUUUCCACAGACAGAGUCUACAUGUGGAAGAGUCCAGUCAGUUACACGCUCUCAAGAAAGAAGCCACAGUGAAAGCAAAGUCCCUGGAAAGGCACAAGAAAUGUUCAACUCCAGAGAAGCACCUUCUGGAAAGAAGUGGAAUAAACAAGGUGAUAAUGCUGAUGAAAUGGCUAAGCUAAUUAAGAGUGUAGUGCAGCUGGAAAAUGGCAUCUUGGAAAUUGAAUCCAAGCAGAGUAAGCAGCUCUGUGCUUCCCACACACUGGGAGUCAGUAAAAAGUUUGUGUUCCAGGACCCGCAGGACCAGGAGAGGGCUGACUGUGUGCUGAGGGCAGGCGGUUCUGGAAAUGACGUAUCCUUCAAGGAUCAGCUCUCUUCUCCCAGACAGACAGAUGAUGUUAUCUUUAGGGAUGAGGAAGCUGGAGAAAUGGAGGUUAACAGUAGCAUUGGGAAGGAUCCCCAGGUCCAGAAAAUCACCCUGAGCCCGUUCAAGUUGAGGGAAUGUGUACACAACAUCAAGUUUGUGAGAGGGCGCACCUACCCAGCUGUGUUAGACAGACCUGCCAGGGACACUGGUGAGUUUUUAGGGGCAUGUAUGGCUUGCACCAACACCUCUGUUAAUCCAGGGAGAACGAAAGCAUUGGCUGGAGCUCUGUCACUGCAGCCCAGGCCUGAGAUGUCUGCUGAGGAGGGUGAGCUGCUGAAUGCAGUGCCCCCCAGAGGGCAGCUCUGGGACUUGGGAAGUCUUGAGGAGCUGGAGACUGUAAAAGGGUUUCAGGAAAGCCAACUGGCCAGACGCAUGUGUAGUUCUAAGCAAGAGGAGACAGAAGUUCAAGGCAGAGUUGAAGAAAUGGCUGUACAAAGAGGGGGCCUACAGGAAGAAGACAGAGUGGUCUCAGUGACUCAGAAAGUCCCUGGUUCACGCCAGCGUUGUGUGGGCGUGUCUUUUAGCCAAGAGAGUGGCCCGUUGUGGGGCCAGCCAGACUCCUGUGUGGCUCCUCACCAAGACCUGGGUAAUACCUUCCCCUUGAAUUCUCCAGGGCUGCCAGAAAGCUACAUUCAUACCCCUAAUACUGUAGACAUCUCUUCCGUUGACUGUGUGCUGGACCCCAUGAAGUUGAAAAUGCCCAGCAGCCCCUCAGUAACUGGAGCAGGGUGUCAGGACCAGCGUGGAGAGCCCAGAAGCCACGGCCUGCAGGGAGAAGUUAGAGGGGGCUCCCCUGUGGCACACUCUGGUUGGUGUGGGUCUGUGAUACCCACGGCCAUGGCAUCUCACGGUCAAUCCAGUGCACCAGGGAGCAUUCCCCAGGGGACCGAGGGCAGGAGGUCAGCAAGCACCAGUCCCCAACACCACGCAGGGGACCUCAGAAGCACCUCCAUAGACUUGAGUAGCAGGGUGAGUUUUCCUUCCAAAGCCAAGGCAUCCAUACAAAGAGGAACGGGAAGAGCCAGUUCCCAGAACAGGGCCUCUAGCCCAUUUGAAAGGAAGGCCAGCUACCUCUUAGAAGAGCGGAACAGCCGAGACAGGGAGGUGAGGCCGAAGGCAGAGGAGGAGGCCAAGGAGCUCAGUCCUGCCAGCAGUGCAUUCUCAGCACCUGUGUCCCUGCCAAGGGUGCCUCAGCCGGAGCCCUCUGCCCAUCCACCCACAUGCCAGGCUGUGUUGGAGGGGAUGGGACAGGCAGAGACCCAAGGGAAGCAGCUUCAGGACUUGGCGGCUGGGGGCACAGUUCUUCACUACGAUGAGACUUCAUUAGAGCCUGAAAGUUCUUCACGGGCCCCAAGCAGGCCUCAGUGUCCACAAGUGGGCCAGCCAGUGUCAGACAGGACCAGAAAUGAGGGUGAAGCACAGGGAAAUCAUGUGGCAUCUCUCUCUGCUGAACCAGGACACCUGUCAAUUGAUGAGAGGACAUCUGUCCUUCAGGCCACACCCCCCUCUGCAGACAGCUUUCACCCUCAGCCCGACAAUAACACAGGGCCACGGUGUCUCUCAAAGACUUCUUCCCACGCUGCCCCUGCUCUAGGUAAAAGCCAUUGCACCGGAAAGCUGAGACAUUUCCUGGGAGCAAGUGAACAGUUUCUUUGUCACUCCAGCUCUUCUGAUGUCAUAGAGAAAAGGAAAGAAGCAACCAGAAGAACACCUUCCUCUGCUGAUCCUUUGGGCUCAGACCGGCUUCCUUCUCCUACAGCUGUGGAGGAGGACAGGAAGGUCACAGCCGAGGAAGCAGUGGCAGCCUUACCUUCUCAGGCCCCUUUUGAUGAUCCUGGAGGGAUUCCACAUGGGCGAGGCCAGUUUGCUGCAUGGGAGGCUGCCGAGAAUGUGCCCCCGGCCAGUCAGAAGAGAAGCCCAGCCCACCAAGAACCUGGAACUCUGGACAACACAGGUUCAGGUAACUUUCUAGAGGCUGCACAAGGAGGAAAAACAACCUGUUUUGAAAGUCAGCUUUUGAUCUGUGAUGUAGAGAAUUCUGCCUGCCUCUCAGGGCCUAACCAAGACCAGGUCCAGUGCCUUGAAGCUUCUGCCAGCUUAGAAGAAGGGAGGGCAAGUCCCAGACAGGGUACUGUCCUCCCUGGAGCCCUGAGAGGGGUUGAACCGGAAGCUCCUUCACAGCAGCACGUGAAGCGGGAGACGAGUGUUGGCUCUGGGCCAGCAGAAGCCUGCAGAGCUGGCAGUGAAGGUCCCAGGCCAGCUGCACCGCCAGAUCGUAGACCCACGGGAGUUAGGGAGGAGGUCCCACGCAGAUGCCCGCAAGAAAUUUCAGGUUGUGUUGCCUCUUGGGGAAGCACUGAAGGUAGCAGGACCCUAAGGCCAUCAGGGGGCCAAGAAGACAGCGAAACUCAUUCUUGCCGGCAGCCGUGCGACCCUCAACCCAUUGCUCCCCAUGCUCGUUCCUCUCCUUCCAUGCCUGUUCCUCCCUUUCCUUACAGAGGUGGUGACCUGGGCAAGGGGACUUCCAAGGCUGCCCCACACAUUUGCCACCCACCCUGCAUGGUAGCCUCCAGGGCCAGGGGAAUGGAUGAGAGAGGAGAGGGCCAUUCCAGGGAGCCUGAUAUGCUCUUGGCAUGUGGCCUUGAGCCCAAAGGCAUCAAUGUGGAAUUGAGGCCAGCAGAUGGCGACCCUCCAGAGCCCUCCAUUGCUGCUGCUGUCCUGCCUCUGGCUCAAGGUGGCCACUCCCUUUCUGCCCCUGAUGGGAAGACAAGUUCCCUCAGCCACUUGGUUGCUGAUAAAAGGUCUGUAGGGGAUCCUGAGAAAACGUUUGCUGAGAAGAAAGCCGGUACGGAGCUUGAGGCCUCUCCUUUCCUCAUAAGCAGGUGCUCUGAGCCACCCAGGAGGUUUCAGGACAGCUCUGCUGGUGGCCAGAGAGCACAGGGCUCUCAGCCUAAGCCAGGACCACCUGUGACAGCUGGCAGACCACACACCCUGAAUUUAAGUGAAGGGUCUGUUGGGCAUGAGCUGCUGAUGGGACCCCAGGAUGGCACAAAUGCCAUCAGAUGCCUUCCAGAAAAGUCACAACGUUCCUCUGAGUCCAGGGAUCACAGUGGCUUGGAUCCUCAAGCCAAAUUCGUAGCAAAGUUAAAGUACAUCUCCAGUCCCUGGGUUGACAGUCCUUGGGAGGAGGAAGAGCAACAGAGAGACCAGGCUUCAGGUGGGGGUGAAGACCCUACCCGGGGCAGCAGCCCCCUACACACUGAUGAAGGUUGCUUGGGCAGCUGUCAGAUAAGAGGUGCGGGCGGAGAGGAGAUGGCUGUGCCCAGGCCCACUGUGUCCAAGAUGUUCUCAUCAGGCUUUGGAGACUCAGCCACUGUUCACCUGGAGCACCGUGGAGCACGUGGGCCUGCGGCCCAGGGCUCUGGGCCGCCCUCCCCUGGCGGGGAGCAGCUGGAGCCUCACCAUCGGCGCUCGCUUCCCGUGAUUGCAAUCUCUGGGCCCAGACACUAUGGACCACAGUUCUCUGUGGUCAGCUCUUCCCGGUCCCUUCAGGAGCUGAACUUGAGCGUGGAGCCUCCUUCCCCCACAGAUGAGAAGAUACAGGAGCCUCGGAGACUGUGGACCCCACAUCUCGGGGGCUCUUCCUCAGGGAAGUCAGUAGUGAGACCAUCUCUGAAAGCUGAGGGCUGCGAUCAGGAGGCCUCACCUGACUUGGGCGAUAGUGCUGCUGUCCCCAGGCGCCUGCAAUCCGCCCCCACUCCGUACCCUACAACUUCAGCUCUCUCGUGCAUGCCAACCCCUGAUCUCAUGGCCUCUCUGGAACAGGCCCAGCAGGGAAAGCCAGAGAGACUGGGUGGCCAGGCCAGGCCAGAGGAGCCUCAGUCUGAGGCAGGCGGAGGAGCACUACCCUCCGGCUCCAGCGACAUCAAUCCCUGCGUCCUGCCCUGGUGUCCGGAGGGGCCUGUGCGCACCGGCUGGAAGCAGUAUGGGUUUGGCAGUGCAGUCGAUGUCUCUCGUGGCCACACAUCCCAGGGCCUGAUACCACCCAGUGUGGCCCGGAGUUCCAGCAUCGACGAUGGCUUAGGAGACCAGAACUCCCCGUUGCGCUCCCACUGCAGCACCUGUGCCAGUGCCCGGGUCCUGUUGAGCACAUGCAGCAGCAUCCAAGAAGCCCGAGGUUCUCAUGAGCCCUGGGAAGUAUGGGGUUCCUCAUUUGCCCUGGGGACCCCCCACAUCCUGCUCAGCUCUGAAGGAGCAGCCCCCACUCACGGUCCUGACAGGAGAGCUCAGUUCCCGGGUACCCCUGAUGAAGCGAGUGGUCUGAGGAGGGAGCCCCCCCGGGCUGAAGGAAGUGCUGCAGGCCCAGUGGAUGAGAUUAUGCUGCUGUAUCCGGCAGAGGCGGGCGACCCUGCAGGACAACCCAGGAUGAGCACCUUGGAGCAGGGCACACAGACCCCGGGCUGCAGGCCCUGCUGGAGCUACACUGACAUCUGCUCUGCUCAGUCGGACCUGGCCUCCUGGGCCAGCAUGCACAACCUGUCUCUCCACCUCUCGCAGCUCCUGCACAGCACCUCAGAGCUGUUGGGGAGUCUCUCUCAGCCAAGCGUGGCUGAAAAGGAGCGGAAUGCCAAGAGAGAGACCCCAGGUGAGGCGCCCCAGUCCCUUAUGAUGGAUGGCUGCACUCAGACCACCAUGGAUGAGGCCGUCCAGACUGACCGGGCCUCACUACCUCUGCACCUCCAGGCCCCAGAGGCCAACUCUCAGAAGAUCAGUGUGGUCCUUGACAGGCUGGGCUCAGUUAUGUCUGCCAUGUCCCAGAAACAGAGACAUGUCCCAGGGACACUUCAGAAGAGGAAGACAGAGGAAACAGGAUGGAAAACAACAGGGCCCCUCGAUCUUCAGGAAGAAAGCACCCACUGCCGGCCCCAGAGCCUUCCAGUACUGUCACCCCACUUGAGUUUUCAGAAAGUCCCCUUUGGGCAGAACCUGCUUUCUGUGAGCCCCCAGCCUUCUCCUGAUGCCUCCCUGCCUCCCAGCCCCCGGCCAGAGGAACCCUCCUGCCUGGCUGUCAGCAGCCCUGGCCUCAGCGCAUCUCCCUCCCCAGGGCGCUGCUCCGACACUGCAGAAUUCUUUAGGCAACCCAGGGUCCAGAAGGCACAGAGGCCCAUCAGUGCCUUGCUGGUGGACAGGGCCUCCUCCCCGAUCCUCACACUUAGUGCCAGCCCCCAGGGGUUGGGGCUCCCCCUAGGUGCUUUAUCUCUCUCGGCCCCCUCAGCCCUUUCCCUCGAAGGCCGAAGGAACCACAUCUCCAGCCCAGGCCUUCCCCUUUGUGCCCCCAGGCCUCCAGUGGGUCAUUAUUCUCACACCACUGAUGAGUCAGGUAGCUCCCAGAGACUGGGGGCUCCCUGUGGAGAAGGCAGAAGUUCCUUAGAAGGAGGUGAUCGCAGGUCCUUCCUUGAGGCGAGCUCCUCAGGCAGCCCACAGCAGAGCACAAAACUCCAAGUUCGUUUUGUUGAGCAGCCCCUGCAGUGGCAUCAGCCCAGGACCACCACCAGGGUCCAGAGCAGGCCGCUGCCUCCAGCACCAAGAAGCAGGAACCAGAGGGGGGCCGAUGGCUUUGUGCCUGAGGACAUGGCCUCCCUGGCAUGUGACCCACUGAGCAGCAGAGGACCGAGUCAACGGCAGAGCAGGACAGAGAGUGGAGGCGAGAGCUCAGCAUCUCCAAAGCCGCCGCUGCCCACUCUGGACAUUCCCUCUUCACAGGGAGGCCCCCAGUGCCGCAGUCCCUGCCCUUUAUUUGAGUUGACUGAGACCCCGGGGCUCCAGGGUUGCAUACUGGGCCCAACUGAGGCCUGCCAGCCUGAGGGGCUGCUGCGUCCAAGUUCCCAGAUGCGCACAGCCCCUGAGCCCCAGCAUCAUAGCCUGGGGGACCUCCCGGUACAUAACAAGUUUAGUGACUGGUGUGGGGUUCAGGAUGGCUCUCCUGGGGGUCUAGUUGUGAUGGAUUUGCCAGGGGCCAGAUGUGAUUGCAGCUCUGGAGAGCAGGGACAGAGGCCCCCAGAACCUCCUGUCGACCAGAGCCAGGCUCCUGAGUGGUCCCAGAGGGAGCAGAUCCCCCUGCAAGUUGGGGCCCAGAACCUCUCGCUCAGCGUGGAGCUUACAGAAGCAAAACUGCACCACGGCUUCGGGGAGGUAGACGCCCUGCUGCAGGUGCUCCAGAGCGGGACCGGGGAGGCGCUCGCCGCUGAGGAGCCUGAGCCACACCCCCAGGGGGAGCUGUACGCCUGGCCAAAACAAACCCUGGAGAACCUCCGGAGAGAACGAGCUGAGCGACUUCAGAACUUCCGCCGGGCACGAAGCCUCAGCCCUCAGAAACAGCUGAGCUUCCCGUCUAGCCGGGAUCUCCCUACCCGGGACCUGGGCUUACCCAGCAGGCGCCGAGAAUACCUGCAGCAGCUGAGGAGGGAUGUUGUGGAGACCACCAGGAGUCCAGGGUCAGCGUCAAGGUCUGCUCACCCGCCCUCUGACAUAGAGCUGAUGCUACAAGAAUACCAGCGGGCCCGCGAGGAGGCCAAGGUGGAGAUUGCCCGGGCCCGGGACCGACUGCGGGAGCGGACUGAACAGGAAAAGCUGCGAAUCCGCCAGCAGAUCAUCUCCCAGCUGCUGAGGGAAGAGGAAAAGCUACAUACCCUGGCUGCCUCCAGCUCCCGGUGCACCAGCUCCGAUGGAAGCCUCUCCUCUGGUGUCACCUCUGGCUACAACAGCAGCCCAGCCUUGCCAGGCCAGCUCCAGUCCCCAGACAGUGUGGUGGACACAAACUUGCCAGAUUCCAGGGACUCCUGGAUGGGGGACGUGCGAGGCCGCUCUGCAGUGAGGAACAGUCACUUGAAUCUGGCCGGGUCUGCCUGGAAAAGCUUAGCCUACAGCCGCAGAGCCUCCCUGGGCAGUUGCUGCUGUUCUCCGUCCAGCUUGUCCAGCCUGGGGACCUCUUCCUCCUCCUCCUACCGGGAUUUGGCCAAGCACAUCGUGGACAUCUCUAUGGCUGAUGUAAUGGCUGCUUGCUCAGAUAACCUGAACAACCUCUUCAGCCACCGUGCAGCAGCCGGCUGGAACCAUCAGGGUGAGGAGCAGGAGGUGCAGCUGUACAACAAGGUGUUCUCUUCCACUCGACAUGGCUUCCUAGGGGCAGGCGUGGUGUCCCAGCCGCUGUCUCAUGUGUGGGCAGCUGUGAGUGACCCCACCCUGUGGCCCCUGUACCACCAACCCAUCCAGACAGCGAGGCUGCAUCAGCGGGUGACCAACAGCAUCAAUCUAGUGUACUUGGUGUGCAAUACCGCCCUGUGUGCAAUGAAGCAGCCACGGGAUUUCUGUUGUGUCUGCGUGGAAGCCAAAGAGGGGCCACUGUCUAUCAUGGCAGCUCAGUCUGUGUAUGAUGUAUCCAUGCCGAGACCCAGCAGGGAGAUGGUGCGGGGGGAGAUCCUGCCCAGCGCCUGGAUCCUGCAGCCCCUCACUGUGGAAGGGAAGGAGGUCACCAGAGUCAUCUACCUAGCCCAGGUAGAACUCGGUGCUCCAGGAUUUCCCCCUCAGCUCCUAAGCUCCUUCAUCAAACAGCAGCCGCUGGUUAUAGCCAGACUGGCUUCCUUCCUUGGUAGUUAGCAUCUCCCCAUCAAGAUGGCGCUUCAGGAUGCCCCAGAGAUGCUGGGGCAGCUCUCGUUGCUCUCUGUAUCUCGACGCAGGAAGAGCCGAGGCUCCCUGCUUGUGCUGACUGGGCAGCCAGCCCUCAGCCCCGAGUUGCCCACGAAGGCCGGUCAGUACUCUUGGUCACACACGGCUGGCACCUCUGCAGAGCAAGGGGAUCUGAGCUCCUGGCCCUGGCCAUCCAGACUGAAUGAAGCUCCCGUCAUGUUUUGGAUUGCUCCCCUUCCUUUCCCAUCUCUGGGACCCCGUGGCAGACAGGCCACUCGCUCACAGCCAGCGGGGCUGGGAGACUGCGGUGCUGACACGGUGCUUCCUUAGUUCAGCACAGCCCUUGGGUUAGGAGGGAAGCAAGCAGCCGUCGGCCGAGACUCUGCUCAGAAUCUGUCUCCAGCGUUCAGCUCCACGGCGGGACAAGUGCUAGGAAAUACCAAAACAGAAAAAUGGUUUAAAAAAACAGCUGCACAAACCAGAACACUGAUUUAGAAUUGUUUCUCCUUCUUGAAUUUUUACAAGACACUUUAUUAAUUUUUGCUUUGCUCCCUUCUUCCUUUCUCUCUCAGGAGAAGACAUUUGUUGGGGUCUUUGCUCCAGUCAGGAGCACUGAGUAGUGCUCUGCGGCAGAGCUGUCACCCAGAGCUCGGUGGAGUGGGAGGACCACCAUAGAAGCUCUUGGGAUGGAGCUGGGGUCAGGGCAAGGGCCUAGCUCUUUGAGGGGACUGGGGGUGGGGGGUUGUCUCUCACUUGUCUUUCAGUGAGGGAAAGUUGUCUUUUGAAGACAGGAAGACGAUGGACCUCCUAGAGGAGGUAAGUGACUUGUUAGGAGGAAGCUCAGUUCCAUUCCUUACCUCACUCAGAGCCUUGGUCCCAGCCUUCAGCAGUCUCUCAAGCAUUCCACAUGAUGCUGUCGCCCCUCCUAGUCUAGGAUGGGCUGGAGAAUGGGUUCAGUUUUCUUGUACCUUAGCCUGGCUGAACCCGAGCGCUGAAUAUUCUCUGUGGUUACCUGUAAGUGGUAGGGAUGGGCGAGAUUCUCAGUUUCAGUUCUGGGCACCAGAAGAGGGAGACCACACGGGGAUUGACAAGAUGUGGUAAAAAGGUAAAUUACCGUACAGUAGAGAUUUAUUUUUCUAAAAGUGUUUGCAGGAUUUUCUUCUCUUACCUCAGAUUCAGUUAUUUAUAUAUUAUUGAAGGUUUUUUUUUAAUUGCUUUUAAACUUAUUUUUCUUGUUACAAUUUUUUGUGACACUUGAUUUAUUUAACACCCUAUUUAUGUACUCCCAUCUUUUUUUCAUAUAAAUCUCUUACUAAGACCACUGACUGGAAAGGUCAGAACAUUUGCAAAGUAAAAGUCCGACAUGUACUUUUAUUCAGUGAAGACUGGGAUAGCUUGAGUGUGUCAUUUGAGCUCAGAAUUCAGUCUGGAGAUUAUGAUGGCAGCAACUGCUUAUGGCCCCAUUUCGAGUAUAGUUUACGCAUAUGUACUGAGGGUUUCCCAUGAGCUGGGCGCUGCUUUGCACAUAAAUGGCAACCAGGUUAGUUGCCAACUGUGGCAGCCUAUGGCCCUAAUACGAACUUGAGGGAGGAUUCCAGAACAGUCAUCACUACACCCAGUGGUGACCACAGUCCCCUGGGAGGAAGCUCAACAGAUGUGCACCUCUAGGACUUCUGAGGCAGAGCCAGCAACGGGAACCUGAACACGUGAGUAGCCCGGAGGUGACCGUACCCCCUACCUAGAGAAGCCCCACAGCGGGCAUGUGAGUCAGCAAAGCUAGAGAACAUUAACUGAGGCUGAUCUUACAGCAAAACGCAGAGGCGUUAAGGAUAAUCCAGGGACCUGGCUCCAAACGACCAUGAUGAAGUCAGACUUUGGUUUAGACAGGUGGUUCUCAAGAGAUCAUUGUGGUCAGAAUCACCUGAAGGACUUGUUACGCCCCAGGGUUUCUGACUCAGUAGGCCAGGAGAGCGGCCCACAUAUUUGUAUUUCUAGGAAGACCCAGGUGAUCAUAAGUUUGCUUGGAAACCACACUUUGAAAACCACUAUUUUAGACAAUUAGCAGAGAGCAGGCAUAUGGAAAGGAACCUAAAUACUAAGUUCAUUGGCUGCCUGUCUGUAAUUCCUGUUAUGUUACUGCUGGCCUAAAGGAGGCCUUUAAGGUCCACACAGGACAGCAGUUUUCUGAGUUGGGCCCGUGCUGAGUUUAACUGAAUGGCCUUUAACCCAGCAUCCCUGCGGCUUCAGGCUUUCCUGCCCCCUUGCCUGCCUGUCCCACCUCACAUGGAGCUGGGUGUCUCAAGUAACUACCGACUUCUUACCUCCGGGCUCAGCUUCCCAGGGCAGUGCUUUCGUUCCACCACACCUGAUGGGUGCAGAAAGAUUGAACAUUUCUUAGAACUGUUUUGGUUCCCAGGCAUUCAGAACUUCCAGAACUUGCUGUAGUAUAAAUUGGACUUAAAGGACAAGAAUUAAGGCCUUUGAAAAUGAAGAGAUGAAGAAAAAGGUUCAGAUGCAAACUUAUUAACAGAGUGAUUAACUAGGAAGAGCUGAGGGGUAGGGAGUGUCACAGCCUGACUGGGCAGAAACGGUUAGAGUGGUGUGAGACCUCCCCACCCCCAUUUUAACUUUCUGUGCUGAUGGGACCUACUGUGAGUAAAGGCUCCCCACCAGAUUUACUGAAGUCAGACAGCAAACCCCUCUAGGCCCAGAGCAUCUUACCUACUACCCUUUCUUCGGUUGGAGAAUUCUGACAGCUGGGAACUGUUCCUCUAAGAAAUACACACGUUUGCACAGAUUUUGCAAGCCACUUCAAGAGGGUUCACUGAGUACCCUCUCCUUCCCCUGAAAGAGCCUGAAUCUCUUUGCACACACUGCCAAAGUAGAAAAACCAUGAAUUUUUCAGGAGUGAAUUUGAUGCACGUUAUCAAGGUAGUGCUUUCUUAGCCAAAAUCAGUGUAUCAUUUGUAGACAUGCUUUUCUGAGCCAACUCAGACACCCUCAGCCACAAUAAAACAGGCAUCACAAAAGCUGCCCCCAUUUAGUUCAGUGGGCAGUAUCUGGUGAGUAGAAACUCGGCACAAUAUCCUAAACCUUUAAAGGGAGUUGCACACAGAAGUCAAUACUGCUGGCAAUGAGUUAACACAGGCCUCUGGCUCUCUGGCCUGCAGGGCCUCACGUGAUGGAACGUUAGGCACGGCUAAGUGGCCAGGCCACUGGGUCAGCUCUGCCCGGUCAACACCCACCUCCAAGCCUACCUGAGACUGCAGCCUUCUGUAGGGAAGAGAGUAAGGUGAAAAUAACUAGACAUGAAGCCCUCGGUAAAGAAAACAGUUUAUUUUAAAAAGCGCUAACGUUCUGCCCGUGCUUGGCCCCUGGAUGGAGCUAGGGUCAGAGUUACUAUGUGCACGGGGCUGAAGGCAGGCGGGGUGCAGGGAAAAGGCAACUUUCUGUCGGGCGAGCCCCGCCUCAUCUGUUGCACAUUUUUAAGGAGAUGACAGUCCAGCUCCUGGUGGUUAAAAAAAAAAAAAAAUGUAGUCUCCCAAGAUUCAUGUUUUAACUUUACUCACAAGUUGAGCAGAAGUCAUUUGCCUCUGUCAUGAUUUC